AUGAGCGGGUUGAUUAAAGGAUCUGAAAAUCAACCAAUCGCUCAACAGACAAAAUUAGGGUGGAUUUUGUCUGGACCAGUACAGUCACCGCUUCAAUGCAGCGUGGAGAUCAAUAACAUUGAAGAUAUCUCUGCAUAUUGGGAGGUGGGAGAAAUAGCGAUUGCCUCUAUCGCAAUGACCAGAGAAGAGCAGUUUUGCGAAGAAUUAUACGUCAAGAUCACAAGGCGUCUACCAGAUGGAAGAUACGAAGUCCGUCUGCCCUUAAAAAAUAGUUUUGAAAAUGAGCUCGGCCAAUCUAAAGCCUGGGCAGCAGCACAAUUUAAACAGUUGGAAUCACGUCUAAUGAGAAAUCCACAUCUGCGUGACAGCUAUCAAAAAUUUAUGCACGAAUACGCAGAUUUAGGGCACAUGAUAGAAUGCAAGGAGCGCAAAGAGCAUAUGUGUUACUUGCCACAUCAUGGUGUAUAUCGAGAGGAGUCUACCACUACUAAACUUUGUGCAGUUUUUAAUGCAUCCUCGCCAACAUCUAAGGGAAAAAGCCUCAAUGAUCUCAUGGAGUGUGGCCCGAAACUACAGAAAGACAUACAAGAUCUUUUACUUAGAUGGCGUAUUUACCAAUACAUAUACACUGCAGACUGUGAAAAAAUGUAUAGGUGUAUACUUCUACAAGAAGAUCAGCAACAUUUGCAAAAAAUCUUAUGGAGAGAUAAUCUUGUGGAUAUGGACAGGCUGAAAGAAUAUCAAUUAUGUACAAUUACAUAUGGCAUGAAAGCUGUGCCGUUCUUAGCUAUGCGCACUAUGCAAGAAUUAGCAUGUGAUGACAAAGAGAAAUACCCAUUGGCUGCUGAAGUGUUGCAAUGCUAG